AUGCAACCUGACAAGACACACGGCUGUUGCCUGCAGGGAGUGUGCAUACUUCUCGAAACUGCAAAUUCCUUGGAGGAGGAACUCGGAACAGUGGUUCUAAUUAUGACGGCCAAUGAGCAAAGCCGGGAGGCGGGACUUCGUCCAAGUUCCUCCGGUCCUGAAUCCAAAGACCUGUUGCCGCCGCCGCCGCCGCCGCCGCCGCCGUGGCCGCGGAGUUUCUUAGUUACCGCGGCGCCCAGGGCGGCCUCGGGCCCCCAGCCCGUGCCGGGCGCCAAGGUCCUGCCGCCCGCUGCCGCCGCUGCCCCCGACAGCACCGGAACCCCCACCCCGCUGGAGCGCGCGCGCCCCGCCCCACUCCCCGGGCGAGGGGACCCCGAGGCCGCCCGCGCGGUCCCGACCUCCCCUCCCCGCCCGGCUACCGCAGGCAGCCCCGCCCGGCCCGGCCGCCCGAGCCCCCGCGCCCGGGACCCCCGCGCCACUCACCAAGAAGUUAGGAGUUUUCCGUUCUCCUGCCCGCGAGGACCGGGGCGGGCGGGCGGCUCGGCCAGGCGGCGCCGUGGAAAGACCCGCUGGGCCGGGGGCUGUGGCUGCGAGGCCCGGAGCCGAUCGCCACCUCCCGCCGCGCCGCCCCCGCGGACGCUGCAGGCGCGGGCACCCACCCUGCGCUCGGCCCGGCGCGUCCCGACUGCGAGCCUAGCGGCGGCCCAUCCUCCCGCGGCUCCCGCUCCUCCUCCCGCGGCCGCGGCCGUCCGCAGUGUAAACAUCCCGGCAUCCCCGAGGAGAGGGGCGGGGCGGGCGCAGGCCCCGCCCCGUGCAGGCCCCGCCCCGCGCCCUGCCCUCGCCGCGCCGCCUCCCCGCGCCCACACGGCUCCCUGGGGUGCAGAGGGAGCCCCGCAGCUGCCCCGCUGGAGCGAAGCGGCUCUAUAG